AUGGAAGUUGAUAGUCCAAACGUUGAGCUGCGUCCAAUUUCUUGUGACCUAGGCCAUCUAUCACGUUCGGACGGAUCGGCCACGCUAACACAAGGAGAUACAACAGUGAUAUCAGCUGUUUACGGACCAGGCGAUGUUAGAAUAUCAAAAGAAAUCAUAGACAAAGCCACAGUCGACGUUGUUUAUAAGCCCAAAACUGGUCUGCCAAAAUGUGAAGACAAAAUCAAGGAACGGAUAAUUCGUAAUUCUUGUGAAACGAUAAUUCUAGCCGGACUACAUCCCAGAACAUGUAUUGAAAUAAUUCUUCAAGAAAUGCAGAAUUGUGGAUCCUUUUUAGCUUGUUGUAUUAAUUCAGCUUGCCUUGCUUUACUCGACGCCAGCAUACCUCUAAAAUAUUUAAUGGGUGCUGUCACGUGCUGCGUUACAAAUCAAGGGGACAUUACUCUAGAUCCUACGUUACGUGAAGAGAAGGAAAGUGUAGCUGGAGCGACAUUUGUAUUUGAUAGUAAAGACCACAAUGUUAUAACCGUCUCGACAUACGGUACUUUAUCAACUGAACAAUUUCAAACCAUCUUGAAAACUUGCCGUGAAGCUUCCAAAAAAGUUUUUGAGUUUUAUCGUGAGUCCAUGCUGAAGAAAGUUUCUACAUGUGUGUAA